CAGUACUCUAUAAAAUACUUUACAAGGCCAGACUAUAUGACAUACCGUGUGAUGAAAUUUUGCAAGAUUUUACACUCAACUGGAAUCAUUUGCUAAUCUAGCCUAUUAAUGAUGAAUGCUGGAUUGAAAUAAAUGGGGUGGUGUUAAUAUACCCGCAAAGAAAAAAAAGACCGGUACCACCUCCGUUUGAGUGGCGCGUUAAAAACACGAGGAAUCACAGGAACGGAAUGUACAAUGUAAUUACACCUUGGUUUUGUUAAACGUAUUUUUUUGUCCUCAUUUUUUAAAGUACAAUAUCAAACAUACCGUUAUCGGCGGACUGAUUUACUCUCAGUAUUAGUAAAUAUGAUCACGUGAUCCAUUUAACCAAUCACUGAAGAUGAAGGCAGCAAAAUACUAUGAUUGUUCAGAGGCAAGGUUUCCGUAACGGAGUAACGUUUUAUAUGAGUUCGCAGGGGUCUGAAAAUGUCGACUAGUUCAGCGCUCAGCAGCUAUUAUGUGGACUCCAUAAUGGGGCACGAGGCGGAGAAUGCGUACGGAGCACGUUAUGUUCACGGUUCACACGCCGCGCCCGCGCGGCCGUCAGGUGUGGGUGAGAAUGCGGAUUUCUCUUCUUGCAGCUUCGCUCCCAAGUCAGCCGUGUUCCCUACAUCUUGGUCCUCGGUCCACCAGUCUUCUUCUGCGGCGGUGUCCGGAAUUUACCCUCCAUACGUUCACCAGACCCAUCUGGCAGACAACAGAUACGUGCGCUCCUGGAUAGAUCCAGUCUCCAACCAUAUUUCUUUUUCCGGGUUCCACUCUAGCAACCGACAGAGCGAGUCAAAGACUGAAAAUGUACCCCCGAAAAGGACUGAAGGCGCUGCGUUUGAAGCAGAGACACCGAUAGUUGCCGAGUAUAGCUGCAGCAUAGCAUCCGAGUGUGUAGACAAAGCUACUGAAGAAAGAGUUGGCAGCAAUGGUUCGACUCACAGUGAGCCAAAAGAAGAGAAACAACAACUUGACCCAAGCAACCCAGCAGCAAACUGGAUCCAUGCACGUUCAACAAGAAAGAAGCGAUGCCCGUACACAAAAUAUCAGACUUUGGAGUUGGAGAAGGAGUUUCUUUAUAACAUGUAUUUAACGAGGGAUCGCCGAUAUGAAGUUGCACGGAUCCUCAAUUUAACAGAGAGGCAGGUGAAAAUCUGGUUUCAGAACAGAAGAAUGAAAAUGAAGAAGAUGAACAGAGAGAGGAGCAUUAAAGACCCUCUGUGAAGAGCGUAAUGCUACAGCUGAACAUCUCCUGCUUCUUUUUACAUUGGCUUAGUUUAGAUUUGUGUCGUUCUUUGUCGCUUAGUUUCUUUAGAAAUUGAGACUUUUGCCCAGGAUUGCCUCAGCAUAUCUUCUAGUCAAUUUGACAAUAUAUUCGGAGUCAAAAUAGCUUGUCUUUAUUUGACCUUCAAAAAAAUGUUAACGAAUGCACAUUUCAUAUACGCACAGUUUGUUGGAUUUAUCGACCGAGCGAAAACGCUUUUUUCCAGAUGUACAUUCAGUCUUAGAACACCACGAAUUAUGUCUUGUGUCUUGCUCACUGAAAUGUUGCACUUAUAUUCACUAAUAGCAUUUUAUUAAAAAGUAGAGUAUAAUCGGUGCUCUGAUCAUUCUUAAAUACCGGCUGAUCUAGAGGACCACUCUCUUUUAUAAUGCAUGCAACGCGAGCGCUUUACCCUCGAGCAGGCACAUGUCAUUUUAGAUCCUUAAUUGAAAAUCAAUUCAAUAUAAAAUGCACUUGCUUUCAAAGGACGAUGCAUCGAAAUUUCUAAAUUAUUUCAGUAAAACGAACUUCUGCUAAUAGUCUGUUUUAGAUUUUUUCACAGUGAAUCCACAUUUCUGCAGUGGGUGUGUGCAAGCUUUGUUGGACACUCCGGUGGCUGGACAUUUUUUCGGUCGACUACUCUACAUGUGCGCAUACUGAUUGUAGAAGCUUUCUUUUGUAACACCAAUUUUCACAAAUAAAUUGAAAGUGACGCUUAUUAUUGUGCAAUGUGCAUAUUUAGAAUCAUUUUAAAUAGCAGCAUCCAUGCGCUUCAAUUAUGUUAAAAUAUCAUGACAAACCAAAAUAGAUGUCUAAUGUUUGAGAAUAUCGCAAAUAACCAGUUUAUGAUUAGAAAAAGGUGUUUCAAAGACCCCCAAUUUAUCGUCAGACCGGUACUAAGAAUUGCUUUAAAGCAGGAAGAAACUGGGUCUAAUAAAGCUAUAGAAAGAGCUAGACGUCUGGUCUAAAUGAGUUUAUGAUGCAGGACCGUAAUUGCUCUCUUCUUUGAAACAAACCUCACUGGCUUUUUGUGUCUGUUUCUAGAAAACAGAAAAGCAGACACUAUUCGACU